UAGUCGUGAAUUCUUCAUCCUCAAUCUUAUCGAGAGAGAGAGAGAGAGAGAGAGAGAGAGAGAUUUGGAGGAAAAUGGAGAAGGAAACUCAUAUCCUGGUAAUUCCUUACCCCAUCCAAGGUCACAUAAAUCCAAUGCUGCAAUUCUCCAAGCGCCUCGCCUCAAAGGGUCCAAGAGUGACCUUACUCAUUACCAGCUCCAUUAGCAAGUCAAAGCAAGCCCUGCAACACACCUCCGUCAACGUCGACACCAUCUCCGACGGCUCUGAAGAAGGCGAAACUGUGGAGAGCUUAAUAGCAAACCUCGACCGUUUCAGAUUGACAGUUUCCCAAAGCUUAUCGGAAUUCAUUCAGAAACAAAACCUCUUCAAACACCCAUCAUGUUUUAUCGUGUACGACUGUAUUCUGCCAUGGGUUCUAAACGUAGCUCGAGAACAUGGCCUGGACGGAGCUCCUUUUUUCACUCAGUCGUGCGCAGUGAAUGCCAUCUAUUAUCAUUUGCAUCGAGGAGCGAUGAGGCUGCCCUUUGAAGAGCCUACGGUGUCGCUGCCGUCGUUUCCGCCGCUCGAAACCAGUGAUUUGCCCUCAGUCAUCUAUCGGACGGGCUCGUACCCAGCUCUUCUAGAUCUGGCGCUCCAACAAUUUUCCAACAUCCAGCAGCCAAAUUGGCUCUUUUUCAGCACUUUCAACGAGUUGGAACCUGAGACACAAAUGAUCGAGCCCACAUGCAUAUCAUUUUUAUGCAGAACGAAAGCACUUUGAGAAAGAGAGGGAGAAGCCGGGAGAGAGAAGGGAAUGAAGCCAUAGAAAGAGGAGAAGAAGUUCGGAAGAGAAAGUAGAGAGAGAAGAAGCCAGAAAAAG